AUGACCAUCACUAAGAUGAUUUCCUUUGUUCAAGGGAACGAAGACAGGUUGAAGGAAGAAGAGCGGCUACGGAGAGAGAAGGAGAGGGAAUUUAGCAAGAGAGCUAAGUCUGCAGGAAAUUUCAACCAUGGGGGAUCUCAAGCAGGAGGCAAUCGCCAGUUUUUCAAGAAAUCAAAAUCAAGACCUGCUCCAUCUUCAGCUAGUGCACCGGUUCAGAGGUCGAAGUUUAACAAGAAAAACCAGAAUUUCAGAACAGCAGACUCGCAGCCCAGGCUAGUGUGGGCUACAGAGUCCCUGGUUACCCUAUUUGCAACAUGUGUGGUAAGAGGCACCCAGGGUUGUGUCAUUUGGGCACAAAUGGUUGCUUUGGGGCGCGGUGCAGCAAAGUCUAAUACUGUAGGCGGUGGUCGAAACUGCUUGUAUGCACUGGCAGACCGUCAUGAUACAGAGGCUCGUGGAGAUGUUGUCACAGAUCCGGGAUCCACCCUAUAUUAUGUAACCCCAUAUAUUGCAAAGAAAUUUGGGAUAAAACCAGAAAAGUUGUGUGAACCCUUUGAAGUGUCCACUCCAGUUGGAGAAUCAGUUAUAGCAAGGUAUAUCUAUAGGGGAUGUCCAGUCAAAGUGCAUCGUCGUCUCGCUGUAACAAAUUUAGUAGAAUUGGAGAUGUUAGACUUCGAUGUGAUCAUGGGCAUGGAUUGGUUAGAGUCAUGUUAUGCCAAAGUGGGUUGUAGAAUCAAAAUAGUAAGUUUUGAAUUUCCCGGUGAACCAAUCUUAGAAUGGAAGGGUGAUGCAGUAACACCUAGGGGUAGGUUUAUUUCCUAUCGUAAAGCUAGAAAGAUGAUCUCCAAGGGAUAUAUCUAUCACCUGGUUCGAGUUAAGGAUGCAGAUGCUCAGAUCCCCACUCUCCAGUCGAUACCAAUUGUAAAUGAGUUUCUAGAAGUGUUUCCUGAAGAUCUCCCUGGAGUCCCUCCCAAUAGGGAGAUUGACUUGGGAAUUGAUCUACUUCCAGGCACUAAGCUGAUAUCUAUUCCGCCUUAUAGAAUGGCUCCAGCAGAGUUAAAAGAGUUAAAAGUCCAGUUGAAAGAUCUUCUAGAUAAGGGAUUUAUAAGGCCAAGUGUCUCACCUUGGGGCGCACCGGUCUUGUCUGUCCAAAAGAAGGAUGGGUCUUUGCGCAUGUGCAUUGACUAUCCUUUCAUGGACAUUAUGAAAAGGGUCUUCAAGCCUUAUCUUGAUUUGUUUGUUAUCGUGUUUAUUGAUGACAUCUUGAUUUAUUCCCGUAGCGAGACUGACCAUGUCGAACAUCUCAGAAUUGUGUUGCAGACACUACAGGAUCACAAGCUAUAUGCAAAAAUUUCUAAGUGUGAAUUCUGGUUGAAAUCAGUAGCGUUUUUGGGCCAUGUCAUCUCAGGGGAAGGCGUGAAGGUGGACUCUCAGAAAAUAGAGGCAGUGAAGAAUUGGCCUAGACCUACCGAUAUAAGAAGUUUCUUGGGUCUAGCAGGAUAUUAUAGUCAUUUCAUAGAGGGAUUUUCUUCUAUCUCGUCCCCUUUGACUAGAUUAACUCAGAAGAAAGUUAAGUUUCAAUGGUUGGACGCGUGCGAGAAAAGUUUUGAGGAGUUAAAGAAGAGAUUGACUUCAGCUCCAGUCCUGACACUACCAGAAGGAACCGAAGGGCUCGUUGUUUAUUGUGAUGCUUCAGGGGUUGGUCUUGGGUGUGUAUUAAUGCAGCACGGUAAAUUCAUAGCCUACGCGUCGAGACAGAUCAAGGCUCACGAGAAGAAUUAUCUGACUCAUAUCCUUGAAUUAGCAGCUGUGGUGUUCGCGCUUAAGAUAUGGCGCCAUUAUCUGUAUGGGGUACAUGUUGACAUUUUUACAGAUCACAAGAGUCUCCAAUACAUCUUCAAGAAAAGAGAAUUAAAUCUACGUCAGAGAAGGUGGCUUGAGUUACUUAAAGAUUAUGAUGUUGAUAUCCUCUAUUAUCCAGGGAAAGCAAAUGUUGUAGACGAUGCUCUCAGUCGGCAUUCUAUGGGCAGCUUAGCUCACGUUGAGGCAGACAAGCGAACUAUGAUGAAGGAAGUCCACCGCUUAGAAAAUCUAGGACUGAAGGAAGGAAUUCACAAACACAAGACUAUGGCUUUUAAACAAGGGGGAGAUGAUGGUACUUUAAUACAGAGGCAGUCUAUGCGUUCCAGACGUAGAUGGGCUCAGGGAGCGGAUUAUGUCAGAAGCCCACAAUUCCAGAUCGUGGUGCUCAGUUCACAGCAAACUUUUGGAAAUCCUUUCAGAAGGGAUUGGGCACAAGGGUGA